AUGUCGAGCCAUUCACUGAUCGACUCGGUCAUCGACGAUGACGACGAGUUCUGCCCCCUGUGCAUUGAAGAGUUCGAUCUUUCCGAUAAGAACUUUAAGCCAUGCCCUUGUGGAUAUCAGAUCUGCCAAUUCUGCUACAACAACAUCAAAACCCACAGUGAAGAAGGUCGAUGCCCCAACUGUCGACGUGGAUACGAUGAAAGUACUAUUCAGUACAAGAUUCCUGACGCGGAAGAAUUCAAAGCAGAUCUUGCAUUAAAGCACCGCAAGGCAGCUGCAGCCAAGAAGAAGGAAGCCGAGAAACGCGAAAUCGAGGCUUCCAGUCGCAAGAAUUUAGCCGGUGUUCGUGUCGUCCAAAAGAACUUGGUUUACGUUAUCGGCCUCAACCCUACGAUCCGCGACGAAAAUCAACUUCUCCAAACCCUUCGUGGUCGCGAAUACUUUGGCCAAUAUGGUGAAAUCGAAAAAAUCGUGGUCAGCAAGGCGAAGCCCGGUGGCAACCCUAACCAGGGAAUUGGUGUCUAUGUGACCUUCUCUCGCAAACUCGAUGCCGCUCUAUGCAUCAACGCCGUGGAUGGCUCCGGAAAUGGAGAUCGAGUCUUGAGAGCGCAAUACGGCACGACCAAAUACUGUUCCUCUUUCCUUCGAAACGAGCAGUGCAACAACCGAAAUUGCACUUUCUUGCAUGAGACUGGGGAGGACAGUGACAGUUACAGUCGCCAGGAUCUUUCCUCGAUGAACACCAUAUCCACCCAACGCCAAAAUCUCCCCCCUACCCCCUCGAGCGUCCCUGCACAUGUGCGGCCCGUACAACCUAUUUCUCAUCCGAUGCGCAGACAGCCAAGCAAAGAUGAUUCUAUCAGUGGUCGAUCGAUCAUUCCAGACGGGCCUGCUCUACCAUCAUCUGCCAGUUGGGCCAACAAGGAUGCUGCCAUUCAGAGAACUCGAAGAACUAGUCUCACGGGAAGUCAGACAUCUAAUAGCCCACGGCCUGCAAACGUCAAUGUUGCAACUCCGGUUGAAGAGCCAAGGCGACCCGAGAAGCCAUCUCCAAUCUCCCCUGAGUCUGAGCAACCUACUCCGCCAACCAACCCCGAACCUGCCGCUGCGGAGUCACGCCCGCGUGCAAUCACCAAGCUUCCAAAGCAACCCACGCCAUUCGAUGAUCUGUUGAAGGAUAUCACAUCGCCAAAUUUCAGAUUCUUAUUCUCAACAGCCGAACUGUCCGCCGAAGAGGUCACCUUAAUCGAGAACUAUCCGUCUUUCAUCGAUCCGUACGGUGGUGUCAAGCGUAGAGCUAUGCGUGAGAAGGUCGAGCAGGAACGUCUUAACCGUGAGCAGGAAUUACUUCAAUCUGUUGCCGCCGAGGAGGACAGUCGCGAAGCUGGAAGCCUUCAGCUUGGUGGUGAACCAGAGGAUGCGAACCCUCCCCGUGGCCGCCAGACCCGAGAGUCACAUGGUGCCAUCCAACCGCCUUCGCAGCAGGGCACUGCCGAUAACUCCACUGUCGGGUCUCCUGUAUCUGCUACCAGCCACCAAUUCCAAGGCCUGAACCUUGCUGGACGAAGUUUGACCCCGCUUCAGCAACAGCAAUUGAUGUUGCUGAAAUCUGCUGGCAACCAACAAGCUGGUCUGGCUGACCCUUUAAGCUCCGCUGCUAUCGAUCAAGCUGCUCAAGUCCGCCAGGGACUUUUGCAGAAUCAGAUGGCCCAAUUCAAUGCGCUGCAGGCAGCACAGAAUCGACAGUCUUCCCGCUUCUCCUUCAAUGAAGCCAACUCGAAGAACAUCCCCAAUGCUCGCAUGAUGAGCCAGAUGCAGUCCGCAAGCCCCAACCCGCUGUCCUCCCCCGGAUUGAAGACGGCUGGUACCCCUCCAAUCAGUGGUGGUGGAAUGUUUGCUCAAGGUCAUGGCUUCACCUCAGGACUCGGGUCCAAUGUCGGCAAGCAAGAUGCCACCCCGGAAUUGAUGCGCGAAUUACUGCGUGGACGAACUGGUACAAAUGUUGGUGGAUUACAAGGCCAGGAGGCGGCUAAGCGUGAGUUCAUGAUUCCUUUCCUUCAACAGCACAAUACCCCACCCCCUAUGACUCCCACCAAUGGCCUUCUCGGCUCGUUCUAUGGGUCUCAGCCAGGCAUGCCUGAACCUGGUGGCCCACAGAAGCAGAAGAAAAAGGGAAAGAAGCAGAGACACGCUAACACUUCCUCCGGUGGAGGUGGUGUAGUAGAUCUUGCGGACCCGAGCAUUUUGCAGGCGAGAAUGCAUCAGGUCGGUGCGAAUGCUACAGCCGGGCAAGCGUUAUAUGGGAGUCAAGGUCAAGUCAAUGAGGAUUUUCCUCCACUCGGAGAACAAUCCAAGGAUCGUCGACCUAUUGACAGUUUCGGCUUUCUGAAGUCUCAGUUGCCUACUGAAUCAGCCGCUAGGGCUGGAACCCCGACACUACCCCCUGGGUUGCCUCUACCCCACGCUCAUCCCUCUACUUCUGCUUUUCAAGAACACCUGAGCUCAUCGAAACCCUCCUCACCUUCAUUAAUGCUGCCGCCUGGCUUAGGGGCUAGCAUUUCAAGACUUGGUACACCUAAUCAAAACCGGGAGGAAAAUCACUCCCAGCCGUUGAGCCCAGAGCUCACUGUGGGAGGUCCGGUGACAUCUGGGCGUGUGAAAGACGCAUCCCAGAUUUCAUUGGGCUCACCGGUACAGAAGCCUGCAAACAAGGCUCGUGCCCAGCGCAAGAUUGAUUUGGCAGCUGCCGUUAAUACCAACGAUACAGCUAUCAAAGUUCCUGUCCCGCCGGAGCCAAAUUCUGCGACGACGAAAGGCAGUCCGCUUGAGUUCAGCACUCCAUUGGCUGCCACUACCAAGUCUGAGCAGAUUUCUGCUCCUGGUUCUGUUUCUGCAAUUGGGUCACGUCCUCACACGCCUCAGACCAUCGCGUCCCGAAUCUCCGAUUCACCUCUCCCUCGCCAGCCUCGUAUUCUACGUGUCGUAGAGUCGACUAAGAGCGAAACUCCCCCUCCAGUCCUCGAUUCGCCUUCUGUGACGACCUCUGUCAUGGGAGGAAGCAAGCCACGUUCUAGGCGUCAGAGCCUUUCGUCCAACAGCCGACCUGAUACACCGGCUGAUCACAGCUGGGAAGCCGAUUACUAUCCCUCUACCUCUGCUUCUCGUGCGAAUUCUCCUCCUGCCUCCUCUCGCAUUGGCUCUGCCCCGGUCCGAUCCAUGACGAAGAGCCAAGUCAAGAAAGAGAGAAAGCAAAAGGCUAAGGAAGCGGAAGCCAAAAAAGUCGAAACCGUACCUGUACCCGAAGAGCCCGUCCAAGCUCCUAUCAUGGGGCGAAAGCGCAAGACUAAGAAGGAACCAAAGACUACUGUGGACACAACCGACAGUGCUGCUGCCAGUGGCACUGAGACCAUGAGUCCAGCCAAGGCAGGCAUCAGCUUUCCAGUCAAGUCUGAACCCAAGGCCGAAGUUCCCAAGAAGGUGAAGGCCAAAGAAAAGGCUGUCAAGGAAGCUUCCCCUCCCCCUCCUCCGCCGCCUCCUCCUCCGCCCGUUGAAGAGCCGCCUCGUCUAAACGAGCCCCCUAUGGAGCCUUGGCGCACCAAUAACACAGUCGAGCAAUUGGUGAAGGAUUCUGAGGCCACUGGAAAGUCCAUCAAGGACCUUUUUGUGGAACGGACCAAGCCUCUGCACGAGUUGCUUGCUGAGAUGCACAAGUCUGGCGAGCUGGAUCUCUACAAGAGCUCGCUCUUCAACCCUACCAAUCUAAGCCAGCGUACCGACAUGAAAUGUACCGCAGACGACUACGAUAUUCUCAAGCGCCCCACUGAAUUGAACGAGGAUCACCGCAAAUCACUACUUCGCGGGGAACCCGUUCGAUUUGGUGACGAGCGUCUGAAGACUCGAUGCCUCAUCACACCUCGUGGCUGUGUGCUUCGCCACCUUGAUGCAGAGGAAGAAGAUCGGUACCUUGAGCUGGAGAAGAACAUGACUGUCAUUUCUGACCCUUUCAUGAUUGGAGACGACUCUAGCAACCCUAGUGGUGGCCUGGAAGCACUCUUUGCAAAUCCAGAGAAGUUCAACAUCCGUUGGGUUGAGGACAUGCCCACCCGUCUUGGCGCAUCUUCCCCAGCAUCUUCUCUCGGUGCGCAAGAUUCUGUAAUUCCCCCCAACGUGCUCUCUGCCAUGGAGGCUGACAGCACCCGCAACCACGACUGGGCCGUCGCCAACUCCGCAGAACUACUCAACACUACUCCCGCGGCUGUCCGCUCUUUCGCAGCCAUUACUGCUCAACACAUGCUCAACAAUCAAGGCAUGCUCGGUGCCAACCCUACCCUGGACGACGUUGCUGGACUUACCAAUGAAGAGCUCAGAGAACUCGCUAGUCGAUCCCAGAAAGACCUCGAAUCGACUCGGAAGGAACUGGACUCGCUGGACAAGAAGUUCGCAGCUCUGCUCCGUCGUAACCGCAAGCUCCAGCUGCAGGCCUUGGCGUUUGCUUCUGCGUCCGAGCUGUGA